AUGGCCGAGAACAACUCCGAAAGCAGCGGCUCUCUCCACCACCGCAGACACUUGGCCCACUCCGCUGCCUCGGACCGGAACAGCACGGCCAGUCCCGGAUCGUCCAAAUGGAUCCGACUCAACGUGGGGGGCACUUAUUUUUUGACAACGAGACAGACGCUGUGUCGAGACCCCAAGUCAUUUCUCUACAGACUGAGCCAAGCUGACCCCGAGCUCGACUCCGACAAGGAUGAAACCGGUGCGUAUCUCAUCGACAGAGACCCUGCAUACUUUGGGCCGGUGCUGAACUACCUGAGGCAUGGCAAGCUGGUGCUCAACAGAGACCUGGCAGAGGAGGGAGUUCUUGAGGAAGCUGAGUUCUACAACAUCACAUCAUUAAUAAAGCUGCUCAAGGACAAGAUCAGGGAACGCGACUGCAAAACCUCACAGGUCCCGGUGAAGCAUGUGUACCGGGUGCUGCAGUGCCAGGAGGAGGAGCUGACCCAGAUGGUGUCAACGAUGUCUGAUGGUUGGAAGUUUGAGCAGCUGGUCAGCAUCGGCUCCUCGUACAACUACGGAAACGAAGACCAAGCAGAGUUUCUGUGUGUCGUGUCCAAAGAGCUGCACAAUCAGUCGUACGGCACCAACACUGAGCCCAGCGAGAAGGCGAAGAUUCUUCAAGAAAGGGGCUCUCGAAUGUGA